GAGACGAACUUCGUUCGAGCCGAGCUGCAGAACUAUCCUAAUACCCUUCAGCGCUCAAUUUUUUUCGAAGGACAAUAGAGACCUAGAGUCAGAUUCAUGUUGACUGUGACGCUCAUCAGACAUGGAGAAUCAACCGAUAACGUGAGACACGUGUGGGCAGGGUGGGCUGAUGCCCCACUCAGCCAGCGCGGAAAAGCGCAAGCCGAAGCUCUCGGCGCAUAUCUCUCCCAAACUCCGUUCACCAAGAUUUAUGCCUCCCCACUCAAGCGCGCUGCCACCACUGCAGGGCUUGUUCUUGCCGCCCAACCUGCCCCGCAGCCGCCGUAUGACUUCACAGUCGAGUCUAUCAAGGAGCAGAACUUUGGCGUUGCGGAAGGAAAAUCGUGGUGUUUUCCCGAUCACGGGACUCCCAAGUCACUCGCGGAGUACAUGGACGAGGGAAAGUAUCCCACACCGCGUCCGGGUGAAUGCUUCACGGACGGCGAAUCCGACGAAGACUUGGCAGCGCGUGCGAUGCAGGCCGUGGAUGAGGUGAUCAUGCCACACGUACGCGGUGCAGCGCGGGCUGGGCGUGUAGAGCAUAUCGCGCUCGUGAGCCAUGGGAUAUACAUCGGCGCCCUCAUUUGCGCAUUGUUGAAAAGGGACUCUAGAAAUGUUGUCCCUACACAUGAGUACACUGGGAUGCAGAACACGGCGUGGGCAAGAGUAGUUAUUACAAUACAAGGCGUUGUAGAUGGGACACCAAUAGACCUGGCUGAUGAAGACACGCCCCCUCUGAUCGUAACAGCGACGGACUUCGGUCGUGCGGAUCAUCUUGUCACGCUUAAACCUAACGCCGGCGGGACCGGCAAGAUCGCUUACGACCCAAAGCAGCAGGACAUCCGAGCGUUCUUCAGCGGUGCGACGAAGGCCGAUGCCACCGAGCACUGCGAAAGCAAUGCACUAGAUGAAAUCGAUCGGGAGGUAAACAACUGACUUAUUCGCAUUUACACAACCAUAUCACUAGCUGCCUGCAAUAUGAUGGCUCCACUCGCGAUCGGCAAUAUAUUUUCAUGG